AUGGACACUAGCACUAAAUAUGUUAUGCUGGCGAUAGUUGCGGUCUGCGCUAUAGUGACGUCAGCACAGGAAACAGAACCCAAAGAACAGAAGUCUGCAAUCAAAUGCCGGCGAGCAGACGGCGAGAUCCCCAACUGGCAGGACCAGACGUGCAACAGCUACUACGUGUGUGAGGACUUUAACCUGACCCUGCUGACCUGCCCCACGGGCCAGGUCUACGGUCUGACGGAGAGAGAGUGUAUCGACAAGUCUAAGAUCAACUGUGAGGCCCAGAACGAGGCCGUGAGCCUGCACGUGAGGGCGUCGGCCGCCCUACGUCACGCCACCAACCCCGGCUACCACUUCCCCGGGCAGGAGGACAAGGAGGAGCUGCCCAGUGACGUCACGCGGGUCGCGGGUCUCUUCCACACCCUCACCUCCACCCACUCGGGUCGCUCCAAGCGUGCUGCCCUGCAACUGAUUGGCAUCCCCACCCCCGCCGAGUCUAACGGCUCCAUCAACGUGACCCUGCCCGAGAGCAUCUGUGUCCGCAUCAACUACGAGACCGCCAUCGUGGAGGCCAUCAUGAACGCCAUCUUGAUGACGGAGGCCGGAUGCCGGAACGUCACGUGCGGCAUCCCGCUGUUUGAGCUACACUGUGACGGCGAGAGUGACGACGAUGAUGACGAGCUGCCGGCUGUCAGCAACAGCACGCUGACAGCUAUCAGAGGCCUGAACAGCACGGACAGCAGCCGGACCGGACCGGCCACAAACAUCCUGGGUCUCGGUGGCCUGGAUUUGUCCGGUUCCGUUAGGGACAACAGGAACAGGAACUCGGGGAACACUGGGAACUCAAACUAGUUUUGUUAACAUAGAUUUUGUUUUUAAUUCUAUAAAUUUGUCAGAUUAAAAAAAUAAAUGAAUAAAAGUUAAAAAAUCGGCACAUGAAGAUAUCUUAAAAUACUUAGUAAACAAUAA